CCCUCAUUGAUUUCCUAAAGUACCCAGAAACUUUGCUCCAUCUUACUUUUUCUAUUAUAACGUCUCUCUGAAAGCAAAAAAAAAAAAGAUCCCUUGCCUCAUUGCCUUCUUCCUCCCCUGCAUUUCAUCAAGAACAAGAACCGAAAUGUCACAGCCAAGAUCGAACCUUUUUCCAUCUUCCACCACAAGCAGUAGCAGCCGGAGCAGUAUAAGCAACACAAGCAGCGAUCUGGAUGAAAGCCCAUCGCCGUCAAGAAGACACGAUUUCUGCCCGAUUUCAAGAACCUCGAUUUCCUCCCCUCAAUCCCACAAAUGCCUCGCGAUUCUCUCGGGCCACGUCGGAUCCGUUUCUUGCAUAGCCCUGUGUGGAGAGUUCGUCCUCAGCGCUUCUCAGGGGAAAGACAUCAUAGUCUGGCAACACCCGGAUUUGCGCCGGUUCACCAAGUUUGGCCAUGGCGACGGUUCCGUCAGGGCGCUGUUAACGGUCGGUAACAGAGUCUUCACGGCUCAUCAGGAUAGCAGAAUCAGAGUGUGGAAGGUUUCGAGGAAAUCAGAGAAUCUAUUUCGGCUGGUUGACAGUCUUCCCACUGCAAAGGAUUAUCUGGGGAGGUUCAUGAGGCAGAGUAACUAUGUGCAGACCAGAAGGCAUCACAAGAAGCUGUGGAUCGAACACGCUGAUAGUAUCUCCUGUUUGGCUGUUCACAAUGGUUACGUCUAUUCAGGUUCGUGGGACAAGACCCUGAAGGUAUGGAGGAUUUCAGAUUUGAAGUGUCUGGAGUCAAUCAAGGCGCAUGACGAUGCGAUAAAUGGGCUGGUCGCGGUCGAGGGGUCGGUCUACUCGGCUUCUGCUGAUGGGAAAAUCAAAGUUUGGAAGAGAGAAGGGAAGAACAGACACUCAUUGAAUCGUGUAUUGGAAGGGCACAAAGAUGUUUCAUUCAAUGCAGUUGUGGUUUCUGGGAAUGUGGUUUAUGGAGCAGGUUCAGAUGGGUAUGUGAUGGGAUGGACCUUAGGGAACAAAAGGGUUUGUGAAGUGAAGGGACAUGAAAUGUCUGUUCUGUCCUUGUGUGUGAUGGGGGAUUUCUUGUGCAGCGGCUCAGCUGAUAAGAGCAUUGGUAUAUGGAAGAUGGGAAUUGAUGGAGGGUUGUUUAAGGUUGGGGUUAUAAAGGGACAUGAAGGGGGUAUUAGAUGUUUGCAGGCUUCACCAGUUUGUGUUGGGGGUGGGUUUAUGUUGUACAGUGGGAGUCUUGACAGAAGCCUCAGGGUAUGGUGGGUCCCAAAUUAUUGUUCUGGUACAACAGAUAAGCCUUAUUUGAGUCAAAGUACAGAUGCCAAGAAUCUCAAAUUGUUGCCCUUCAAAGAUUGUUGAUGUUAUCAAUGAGAACUCGCCCAUCUAUCCAUUUUCACCUUGACCGUUUUGAUCGUUUGGGCAAAGUGAUGGGUCGACCAAUGAGCAUUUGAGAUCCAAAAAGUAUAAAAUAUCAACCAUGUUUGAUUUACACACCCUUGUACACACCUUACACACACCAUGUUUGUGAAAUUUUUUUUCUCUGUGAACCCAGUUCACAGACAAUAUUUUGUUUGUGCAAAACAUUGUCUGUGAAUCGAUGUUCAUAGACAAAAAAAAGCUUUCACAGACAUACGUGUGUACAAAAGUGUGUAUAAGAGUGUGUACAAACAUCAUUUUUGAUAAAAUAUACUACCUCCGUUCCACAAAAUUCUUCCCACUUUGACUUGGCACGAAUAUUAAGAAAAUGAAAUAAAUUGGAAAUGUGUGGUUGUGAUUGUGUAAGAAAAACGUGAAAUGAAUGUGAACCACAUAAAAUUUGUCCAAAAAUGGUAAGUGAGAAUUUUUUUUGGAACGACUCAAAAAGGAAAGUGGGAAGAAUUUUAUGGGACGGGGGGAGUAUCUGCUUCUUAAAAUAGUUUAGGACAUUUUUUGUUGUCUGUAAUAUGUGUUUUAUACUUUUAUGGAUUUGGUUUUGUGUGGGUUAUGUAUUUAAUGAUUAUAAUGGGUUCUUGUCCCUUGUUAUACCGUGGUAUAUGAGAGGGCCUCUUUUGUAAUUACGUGUAAAAAAUGUUUGAUGUGAUUGAUGUUGUUCUUUAUGUAACUCAUGUUGUGUUUUGGAGUAAACAACAUUACAAAUGGUGUAAAU